AUGCCAACCACACCCGCCGGGACCCCCGUCGACAGGGUCGUCCAGGACCUCCUCAAUGAUGAUCGCAACCGCCUCCAGCUGCAGACGGUGCCAAGCCACGUCAUUAGGGCUUAUGUUUAUGGGUCGUGCGCAUACCUAAAGGACCUCCCAGCUCGAUACGACAUGGCCCUCUUCGCCUCUGUGCUGCACAUGAUCCGUAGGAUCAGUACCGGCUUUCUGGCUACAGAACCAUCCUUCCGCCUCGCCGAGAUGGAUACCUUGGCAUACCAGUGCGCGAUGAACGUGAAGCUCCCUGAGGAUCUGCUGUUGGAGGGGCUCGAGUCUCUCUUGUGGAGGCUACGAGAAGAGCUCGUGCAUGGCGGAGGCAUCAACGUGCCUGGCGCCGCUUAUGCUCUUGAAUCCGUCUACACAAGAUCCCAACAAACGAGCUUUCAUACCGCCUUGGUUGACUUCUGCCCUGGGUGCGGCAACGUAGAUGGCAGCGACGUGCCUGCAAGCCUUCUUCACUGCGUGGGUGUCGUCGACAAUCCCAACGCAGACCUGGAGCUCCACCACCGACCAUCCGACGGCCCCGUCGACCCAGACCUUCAGUCAUGGUUUGACUUCGCACCGGCCAUGCGGCCCCCAUCGUUCCCAACGACGCAGGGCUGUGAGCAUUGCGAAUCAGACUCGCCGCUCAGCAGCAUCAACAUCGUCACCGAUCGCCCCCCCGUCCACCUCACGCUCGGCCCAUCAUUCAGCCCGGCCAAGAUCGACACGGAUGCGAUCAUCAAGCUCACCGUCCGCCGGGACCCCGUCAAUUCUCCGGAUGGGUACGACGUGUACUAUCGCUUCGAGUCCGCCAUCGCGUACGAUUGGGACACCGAGGAGUUCUGCUAUUAUUGGGUUGAUAGGGUUGAUGAUGAUGAUGAUGGUGGCCGCGGCGGCGAGGUAGUACAGCUGCACAAGUACAGUCACUUGGAGAGCCCAGGCGUAGUUCGUCGGGUGCAAGACGGCCUACCGACACCGCUGAGGUUCGCGGCCCUUCUCUUGGAGAAGGUGUCCGCCUGA